GAAGCUUGUCCGCAGGUGUGCGGCAGGCCCGAGGUCACCUUUUUCAGGUGUUUCGUUCACGAGAUCCUCGCUGGCCUGGGGUUCUCUACCUCGAACAGCUAACAAGCGCUUCCUAAACAUCAGAAGUUCAGUGGCCACCAGUCCCAAGUGCCAUGCGGCCGCCAUGGAACCGUCAUCGAAAUGCCAUGUGGCCGCCAUGGGUGCAUCAAGGCCGCUGGUCGGUCUACUGCGAGGAGUGCCCGAAGUUCGUGUAUGCAGACCGGCUUGGGCAAGUUGGAUACCAGUGCAUCUGCGGAUCGAAGUUCGAAGGCGAAUGGAGCACUGGGCACUGCAAGCAACACGGACAUGAAGGGCCAGGCCAUUGACGUGGAGCAGGCACCUCGCAGGGCCAGUACAAGGGGUCUCUUUGCAAGUGGCUCUCCGUUCCCUGGCAGGUGGAAGUACAUAUUCAGCACAGCAGUCCAAAACGAAGGGGCUGCUGGAGGACAUGGCUCCAAAGCCAUCGCAACCGCAGCAGGUGCGACCUGCCGUGGAGUUCCAGGAAAUAUCUAGGAGAGUCAGUCGAGCGAGCAACGUCUUGGAUAAAGCAAAACAAUUAUGGAUUCGCACGCGGGAGGAACACGAGAAAGACUAUUGGACACAUGGCGGAAGGCCACCAAUGAGCUGGUUGAAGCAGAGGCGGCGGAGGUGGCAACAGCCCAGAAAACCAUCCCGCCCAAGGACCACCGUGGACGUCGGCGCAGCGCCCCAGGAGGAUUUCCAGAUGCAGCUUUCCCCCGGCAAGCUUCUGGAGGGCGUCGAGCUUCAAGAGCCGGACAAGAAGAUGGUCGCAGAAAGGUCGGCAGCAGGCAACAUACUCCUCCAGCAGGCGCUCGAUCAAGCCAUGCGCUCCCCCAAGACAGGCUUCGAGAAGCACCCUCCUGAGGUGGCCGACUUUGCAGACCGGCUCGCGACGAAGCGCAAGACGGGCGAUGCAGGGGCUUCUGUCGCUGCCCCUGGCACUCCUCCUACUCCAGCACCUGCUCCAGGCGCAGCCUCGGACAGCGAUGCAGGAGCGGGGCCCCGCGUUCCUCCAUCAGGAAGGGCUCCUGCCGAGGCCGGUGCAGCGGGCCAGGCCGCAGUGGUCGAGGCGCGGAGGAAGCAGCUGCGGGAGGAGGCAGGCCGAGAUAUCACCAGAGUACGCAGAGGAGCGAAGUCCAUGUGGUAGCACGAUGAUGGCAAAACAGGAACACCAGUUGUACAUGUGAUCGUUUUUUAUUAAUUGUUUUGCCGAUCGGCGAGGGUCUUCGCCCCCGCCCCCCCGCGGAGUGGAUCUUGGCUGUUUUUUUGCGCCUGUGUCGAGGAGGCGGAGCCUCUCCCCCAGAGGACGCACGGUUCUAAACAGCCGCAUUAAGCAGAGGUCCGGAGCCAGACCCCCCGUCCGUCAAAUUUCGAAACGCCGU